AACGUAAUGUUGUAUCGUCCGCGUUUGAAUAACGGCAAGUUGAUUCCGCUUUCCUGGCCCAUAGUGGCCUAUCGGUUGUUAAAUAAUAUUUGCUGGCCACUUCGGGAUCACGCAAGCCUGUUGGAGCGUUUGUUCGACCGUUUCUUUUGGUCGCUCGGCUUCUUCAUUUUCGUGCAACACAAUGACGCUGAACUGCGUUAUAUACUAGUUAAUAAUAAUAAUCUGGAUGAGAUGCUAAUCUGUGGACCGACUUACCUGAUUCUAGUUGAGAUUCACUUACGCGCUUUUCAGUUGGGUCUCAACAAGGAGGCUUUCAAGCGUUUUCUGCAGAAAUUUUAUGCCGAAAUCUAUAUAGAUGAACCAGCUCAUCCCAAACUCUAUGCAAGUAUACAGAAGCGUUUGCGUCCCAUUUGGUUCUAUUCACUAUUGUAUUUUAGCACAUUAUCAUCUUAUGUAAUAAUGCCGUUUGUUAAUUAUCUAAACAAUGUCAAAGCGCCGCUCUACAAAAUGUAUUAUCCUUUCGAUAUCACCCCCAAUCCCAUAUAUGUGGCUGUCGUGUUAUCGAACAUCUGGGUGGGCUUCACGGUGAUCACAAUGGUUUCUGGCGAAGAUAACAUAUUGUCCGAAGUGAUGCUACAUUUGAAUGGACGUUUUCUGCUGUUGCAACAGAAAUUGGGUCAAGAUGCCGAGCGUUUAUUACAUGCUGGAGAUGAUCGCAAUAUUGCUGACGAUCUUAGACAACGGAUCGUCGAGGCCAUUGAAGAGAAUGUGCGCUUGUACAAGUUUGCAGAAGAUUUUGAGCGCGAGUUUUCCUUUCGCCUCUUCGUUAGUUUGUCCUUUAGUGCCGGGCUGAUUUGUGUGCUGGGCUUUAAGGUUUAUACGAAUCCGAUGGCUAGUUUUGGAUUCAUGUUUUGGAUCUGUGCUAAAGUAAUGGAAAUGCUUUUGAUUGGCCAGUUGGGUUCGUCGCUGAUUUACACAACCAAUGAAAUUAGUUCCACUUUCUACAAAUCGCAUUGGGAAUUGGUUAUACAGAAGUCUAGCGAUACGAAUGCAAAUGUGCGUCUCAUGAAAACUUUGCUUUUGGCUAUCACCACGAGUCAGAAACCAUUUGUUUUGACCGGCUUUAAUUAUUUCAGUGUCUCUUUAACGGCUGUCUUGAAGUGGUAUAGUGAGUUCCAAGCCGGCCGUGAACGUGUCGAAGACGAAGAACGUCCAGGGCGACCAUCAACCUCAACCGACGAAGCUCACGUUCAACAAAUCAAAGAUUUUGUGUUGAAAAACCGUCGAUUAACAAUUAGAGACCUUGCCAAUAUCAUUAUAUUAGAGACCAAUACCAUUUUGAAGGAUGUUUUGGGCCUCAAGCGCGUCUAA